UAAUGUGAUCUUCAAUAAUUGUCACAGAAAGUGAUGCAGCUGGGGCACCCAGAGGACCUAUAGAGAUGCUAGGCAACCAAACUUAGGAGGGCCAGUCCCUAUUUGGACAAAUGUGUUUAAAUAAGUUCUUCUGGAUUUUUGCAUUAAUGAACGUUCUGACUUGGCUAUUCGAUUUCAUAGCUUACAUGAUCAGUUUAUCAAAGGUCAGCAGCAUUGAAAAUGUAUGAUUUAGUCUGGAAAAUUCUAUAUUUUUACAAAUGGCUUUUGCCUUGAUUAACCUCUGUCUAUACGUGUUCUUAGCGAGGAAAUCCUAUGCUAUUGACCAGGAAUGGAGCAGAUAUGUAACAUUCAUGACAAUCAACUGAAUCUUCCAAUUAAUCGGCCUCACAGUCUGCUUUGCAUUGGCAAUCAAUAGUGCACUUGAUGCAUGGUCAAAAUCUUGAUUUAGUGAUGCAAGAGUUGCCUUUAUCCUUCUCAUGAUCUCUAUCGUCUUCGCUUAUGCGCUGAUAAUUACACAAGGAAUAAGCAUCAUAAAGAUCCGCAGGAUGCUGUAUAGCAAUACUUUCAGGCUUGCUGCCAGGAAGGACGAUGAAGAGGUCAUCAUUAAGCCAACAGUGGAUUUCUAAUCUAAGAGCAUCUAAAAUAUUCAAUUUUAUU